AUGGCUGAGCCCGGUGUGAGGACUACGCAUGUCCCGGUCUCUGCAGACACACUGCGCUCACCGCGCCCGCAAGACCAUCUGCGACCCUUCAGACCGGUGCCGGCAUCGGCAUCGGCGACAUCGACAUCGACAACAUACUCCACAACUGAGCCAUUGACGACCGUAUAUACCACACAACCAAAUGGAACAACACGCACAUCCACAAUAGACGAAGCCGACGAUGACGAUGACCUCCCUGACCUCCCGACAUUAGUCGCGCGCAUUUAUGCCCGAGUACAAGCCUUCCUGUCCGAGACACACCCGCCCGAGUCGCUCCUCGCAUCGGUCCAGCGACAAACACAAAUCUCACUAGAGGUGGUAUGGAGCGCGCUAUCGCAGUACAAACUCUCCGAACUAUCGGUCUCGUACAACGGCGGCAAAGACUGUCUGGUACUCUUGAUCCUGUUUCUGGCGGGACUCCACCCAUACCCGCGCCACACGCCGAAUGAGUUGGACGCCGGCACAGCAGCAGCGGCGCAAGCGGUCGCAGCAACCGUCAUCCCCGCCAUCUACGCCCUCCCCCCAGACCCCUUCCCCGCCGUCGAGGACUUCGUCGUCACCUCCGCCCAGGCCUACCACCUCUCGAUCACCAAGUACACUACCGCGCCGCCGCAGACCACGCUGCGCUCCAGCUUCGAGGACUAUCUGAACCGACACCCGGGUAUCCGGGCGAUCUUCGUGGGAACACGACGCACCGAUCCGCACGGCGCGCGGCUGACGCAUUUUGAUCGGACGGAUCGCGGCUGGCCCGAUUUCGUGCGUAUCCAUCCAGUAAUUGACUGGCACUACGCCGAGAUUUGGGCGUUCAUUCGGCACCUGGGUUUGCGGUACUGUUCGCUUUAUGAUGAGGGAUAUACGAGCUUGGGUGGCACAUCGGAUACACAUCCCAACCCGAGGCUGCAAGUUGGUGCAGACGGUCCCUCCCCGGACCGGCAAUAUCUGCCAGCGUAUGCACUAACUGAGGAUGUGGAAGAGAGGCUUGGGCGGAAUUGA